AUGCUAGCUGUCAUAUCUGAGGAAGAUAUAUAUCUAAAUUUGGGGUUUAAUACAGAGGCGGAGCUAGGUGGAUACAAAGUACAAACCAUUGAAGCACAAAAUUACAGUCAUCUUCUUCCUCAACAAGAAAAGAAUGCUCUUAUAGAAAUAGCGGAGCAGUUGGGUAAAAAGGACUGGGAUUUUGAUUUGAAUCCUUGCAAUGGCAACACAAAUUGGACUACACCAAAAAUUGACAAUACAUCGACGUAUGUCAACAAUGUAACCUGUAAUUGCUCUACCCCUGAUGGUUUCUGUCAUGUACAAAUCAUAUUACUCAAAGGACAAGAUCUUGCAGGUGUUCUCCCUCCCUCCCUGGUCAAGUUACCUUACCUCAGGACAAUUGAUGUCUCGCGCAACUAUUUGAGUGGUACUAUUCCCCCUGAAUGGGCAUCUAUCAAACUGAAAUAUAUGUCUGUUAUGGUGAAUCGACUCUCUGGGCCAAUUCCUAAUUACUUGGGAAACAUGACUACACUACUUUAUAUGAGUUUGGAAAAUAACAUGUUUAAUGGAACUGUUCCAAAAGAACUCGGAAACAUGGUUAAUCUGCAGAGCCUGUAA